GCACUGUGUUGUUGUGUUGCGUGGUGUCGGUGUGGAAAAAUGGGAUUUUCUUAAGUUUUCCGGACUUUUCCUGGGGAUUCUCCCCACUAAUCUGUUUCCCCCCAUAAAAGGCAAAAGGAGGACCGUGGAAAAAGGACGAUCCGACGCUCUAAGACGGCAACAAAAGUGUCCUCGAACGAACGGAAUUUUGUGCGCGCGCUUUCGGUCGGGAAAAUCGGGAUUUCCUUAUCGACCACGUCAGCGCCGAAUUUUCUCGAUUACCAUCCGGUGGACAGUGUUUGGGGGGCAAGAACGGGUGGAGAGACAUCGAAUUCCUGGAGUGCGACGCCAAAAUGUGAUGUCCUUGGAGGGGAGUCCACGCCGUGUGAGUGUGAGCGCGUGUGUGCGCGUUGGGGCUUUUUCACCUGAGAAAAGGACGACGCCAAACCGGCGACUCCUGCUCCUGGCCGUGAUGGUGAGGUAGUUGGACGCAUCCUUUCAAGUAGUCCUUCGCAAGUGCAAGCAAAAGAAACUUUAUCCACGGUAUCUGCGAUGACGGAGUUUUGCGACGCCGUCAUCAAGCUGUUCCCGCUCCGGGCGAUACCGGACGUGAUCAAGCUGUUCCGGCAGCAGCUGAGCAACCGAGAGGAGGAACCCGACCUGACGCUCCUGUCGAUCGUGACCGGGCUGAUCGAGCAUUCGCUAACGACGAAGGUCCUGGAAUCCAACGGUGCGUCCUCUUCCGCGGCCGCUAACAAUAAUAACACCGGAGAAGCAAUCGCCGGUGGUGGCAAAGGAGGCGAUGGCGGUGGCGGGAAUUUCCCCAUCAUCCGCUACGACACGAUCGAGGCGUUGUACAAACGGUUCAAAUCGGUCCUGGCACCGAUCGAGAAGCUGCUGGUGAAGAAUACGACCGACUCCAAGUUCGCGAACCGGGAGAUCAUCAAGAAAGUGUCCGACAUCAUCUGGAACUCGCUGCUCCGGAGCUCCUACAAGGACCGGGCACACCUGCAAAGUCUGUACAGCUACCUGUGCGGCAAUAAGCUCGAUUGCUUCGGGGUCGCCUUCGCUGUCGUGGCCGGAUGUCAGAUGCUGGGCUACCGUGAUGUGCAUCUGGCCAUCUCGGAAGACCACGUGUGGGUCGUGUUCGGGAAGACGGGCGACGAAACGAUCGAGGUUACGUGGCACGGCAAAGGGGCGGAGGACAAGCGCGGCCAGUCGGUGGCACCCGGUGUGGAAUCGCAAACGUGGCUAUACGUCGCCGGCAAUCCGGUCGUUUGCAAUCGUUACAUGGAGGUAGCGGCCAUAGUUUCGGCCAUCAAUCCGUCGCUCACGGCGACGAGCGCCUGUCUGGAGGUGGCUGACAUGCAACAGCAACUGCUCUGGCUGCUGCACGAUAUGGGCCACCUGAAGCGCUACCCGAUGGCCCUCGGGUGUUUGGGCGAACUGGAGGAGGUCGAACCGACGACCGGUCGCAAAAGUUGCGAAGAGCUGUACAACGAGUCGGUACGAUCGGCGCAGAUCUACUACCGGAACCAUCACGUCUAUCCGUACACGUACCAGGGUGGUUACUACUACCGAAAGAAUCGGUACCGGGAAGCAUUCGCCUCGUGGGCCGACAGUAGUGAUGUCAUACGAUUAUACAAUUACUCACGCGACGAUGAGGAAAUCUACAAAGAGUUUCUUGAUAUCGCGAACGAGCUGAUACCGCAGGUGAUGAAGCUGGAAAGCUCGGGUCAUUCGGCGCGCAGCAUACUGCGUGAUGCGACUUGCUUCGCCAAUCUGCUGCGCUUCUAUGAUGGCAUCUGCAAGUGGGAAGAGGGCAGCCAAACGCCUAUUCUACACAUCGGGUGGGCCAAACCGCUGGUUGCUACCAUUGCAAAGUUUGAUCAUGACAUACGCUCGCAAGUGAUCAUCCAGUGUGCCGACCAAGAACCACAGGCACAACACCACAAGGUGGCAGGCUAUGAAAAUGGUAAAAAUGGAUCCGGUGUCACGACGGCACCCGACGAUGGACCCGUGGACAAGGGUGCACCGCACCACAACAACAACAAUAACAACACCAUCACGAAGGCAGAUGCCAACAUCACCGGCACGAACGGCAGUACGCGAGCAUCCAAGGGCAACGCUGUGGCCUCCUCUGUUACUUCGCUACCGAAAUCGCUUGAAGCGCUGGUUGGCAAAUGCGGUGAGAAGCUGCUCAAUCCCGAAUUUCUUCUACAGGGCGGUGGACAACCAUUUACGACGGAAGAAGUCAGUGCCGGUCCAGUGACGAUCGAUGAUGCUUCUACUGCUGCUGCUGCCGCCACCACUAUAGUCUCUGAUGCGUCUCAGCAUCAGCAAUCGUUAAGCAAUGGCACGAAGGGCAUUAUCAACAGUGAUUCUACGGCGCAAGGCCCCAAUAAACCGGCCUUGGAGGAGCAGCCCCGACCGAAGAAGAUGGAAGAGGAGGAAGAAAUUGCGGAACCGAAGCGGCCAGUCAUUGUGCUGUACAGUCAGAAGAUGAAAGGACUGAAGGAUCUGCUGCUGGCGGAGAAGCUCAAUACAAACGCAAUCUCCCUGCAGAUCACGGCCCAGAGUCAGGUGCAGGUAGGUGGAAAGAAGCUACGGGGUCACGCAGCCGCAUCGCUCGCCAUGGGAGGUGGCGGGCUCGGCAGUGGUGCUCUUGCACAUCACCAUCACGCGUCGAUCGGUGGCGAUAGCACCGAGGGAAGCAACACACGAUCCAAACGAGCUCGCAGAGAGUAGAGUGACGCUCCUUAGAGUCUUGGAUCCAAAUCAUGAGUUUAUCCUUCGAAACGGAGCAACUGGAAUGAUGCUCGGUUGCAGAAUUAGUUUCUAUGUUACAUACCUAUUUAGCUAAACACAACUAUUUAACAACACAAAUUCCAUUCCAACGCACACUACUUUACUGACCUGACCUACUACUAACCUGUUGCUAGUCGGGCAAACUAUGCUUAUUUGUGAGUCUUUUUAGUUUUACUUUUUAUUUAACUCUUUGUUCAUUGUUAUCUGAGAAAAAUUGACUGUUCGUGAUCGCUGGUUCUAUUAGGUUUUUUUUUCUUUGGAAAACUCAUAUUCCUCUAGCAUGAAAUGCAUUAUUCUACGGAGCGUUUCCGCCUUUUAACUGGCUCUUGGCGCAGGAUUCCUUUAGAAGCACAUAAUUUGCACAUACAACACACAUACACACACCCACGCUUAGUUACUAGUAUUUCCCUUAUUCUAUUGUGAUUAUGCUCUAAGUUAGAAAUAAGCUACUGUUAAAAUAUCCAUGCCGGUACGCAGCGUUCCGAACGCAAGAGCGAGAGCGAGGGUGGGGGGGAUUUUAUUUCCUGGCCAAGUGUAGGCUUAUCACUUUUAAACUAUGCUUUAGUUUGACCUUGAAUGCGCGUAUGUGAGAGAGGGAAUGAGCUGCUUUGUGGUGCACCUGUAAGGUAUGUUACAAGUAAUGUUAAGAUAAUAGGAGCCGCAGCGGCAGCUGCACGAGAGCAACAAUCAAUCAAACGAUAUCGGAGUCACUUGCUAUGCAAUAGAUGGUUUAAGGAUUAGAUGUGUUGUGUGUGUGUGUGUGUGUGUGUACUGUACUGUAGAGGAAGAAGGUUCGUUGAACCGUUGGUUUAAAGUAUUUUUUAUCUCUUGCCACACCUUUCUCUUCUACUUGUGCUGAACUUUAAACUGUGUUGUAUUUAUUGCUCUUAUAUACGAUAAGCAAACCCCUUCAGAAACCCUUCGUUAUUCGUUGUUGAUUUUUUAUUAUUGAAACAAAAAGAAACUUAUUCGACUAGCAAUCAAAAGAAAAACAUAAGCUUAGAAGCACACGUGUCCUUGGCAAAGCCAAUACAAUUGGUAAAAAAAUGUUAUAAAAAGAAAAGGGCUAGAAGAAACAAGUAAAACAAAGAUUACACUUCCCUGGACUGCAAACGGACCUGAGAAACAAAUUAUCAUUCGGCUGGAAAGCAGAGCAAAAGUCAGCGAAACAACACGCAAACACAAUGGUUAGUUUUCUAGUAUAUACGAUCGAAAUUGAAAAGUACAAAACAUGUUAAAACGAUGAAAAUUGAAACACACAUUAGUAGAAUCUCCCAAGUGUCGCGCCCAUUCAUGGACAAACACUCCAAAUUACUCCCGAAUUGGAUCUUUCCAGCAAAACUAUUCAAAGUACCAAACCAAGAAAGAAGUGUAGUACCUUUUCCUAGUGAAAAUUUUGAUAAACGAUAAGCUUUUGCGAGAAAUUUGGGAUAAAUCAAUCAGGAAGCAGACGUAAGCAAGCAAAAGGGUACAACCAAAUUGACUAUUCUAUUCGGCCACGUGGGAACAGAUUCACCGGACAGAAGAAAGGAACAUUGAAAAAACGGAGGGGACAGAAAGAGGGAAGCGAGAACCACAAAUCUGACUGACAUGAACCUGAAUGUUUAGCGGUGAUGGGCCUGGUAUCUUAAUUCAUAAUCAAAACUAUGCAAACUUAGGUGAAAGACAUACAUGGUGAUUGCAUCAUAUGCUUUUGAAAUCCAUUCGAUUGUUAAUUGAUCACUCUUGAGAUGCAAGAGCUUCUCCAUCCUAUGUUUGACGCACCUCCAGUCCCAUGUAUUUUUUCAUCUAGCUAUCUAGCUAACGCACAUCCGUUGAAAAACAAUAGUGAAGGAAAGACAACACAACUACAACUGUAAUCAUAAUGGUAUUUCACACACGAUGCUACUAGAAAGAGACUAGCGUAGAACAUGUUUAAGUUUAAGCCUAUAUAUCGUACACAUUAACUUAACCAGAACAGAAUCACAGUGAGUAACACAGCGAGAGAUAGCGGAAGAGAACGCCAAGCAUGUAUUGACGAAUGUUACAUUCCUUGUUCAAACAGUAACGGUAUGGCAUGGCGCAUUCCUUCAGAGUAAACUUAAUAUUAACAAGCAGCAACAACAACGCAUACACCAACAACAAUAUAUUGUGCCAUUUCAGCCAGGAUCAGUUAACGCGAGCAAGGCGUCACGAGCGCCUCUCGAGUCCUUUAACAUCACUUCGCAACAUCACAACCAGAUCACAGUAUCAAUCACCCACAAACACAAACACACAGAGAUUGUGAGAAACAAGUACAAGCCCUAGAGAGUGUUGUUAGUUUGUGCUGUCUUAUCAGUAGAAAGAUAGUGUGAGCAUAAAUGUAUUUGUUAUCGUGGAUGAGGAGGACCAGCAGCAACAUUAAUGGCGGAUGGGGUCCUAUCGUUAAGUCCUUGUAGCACUAAUGUACUAAUUUAAUGUGUUUUGUGAUGUUGAUCGCUCUAUUUUUGCGGGGUCUAACUGUAUUGAGAAAAGGUAGAGGCUAUUUGUUUUCUUCUUACUCCGGCGGCCAAGUGUGUCCCAGUGGCGGGUCUCACGGGUCUGGUGGUUAUAUACCUGUUGUUAUUCCUUUUUAGGCUGCUAUCGCACCGACAUUAUCUGGAGCAUAGCAAGUUGCUCUUUCUUUUUCGAUUCGCGAGCACCAACUCCAUUGGUGGGUGUCCGCCGGGUGGAGGGAAUGGAGGAAUACACGGUCUGAAGGACUGGUUGUGUGGCGAGAGUAGCGCAGUAGUAGUCGUAGUAGAGCUGCUCUGCUGCAGCAGUGGUUAGUGUGAUAAGCUUAUUCUUUUGCGACAUUGUAGAAGGACUGUGAUUGGUGGUGAUCAAGAGAGAAACAAGCAUUAUAGUGAAUAGCUUAGAGUGGUAAGGUGGACUCCUCCUUCUAUAGCAGCACACCUUCCUCCUUCCAUUCCCCAUUUACUGGAACGCGAAUGAGCGUUUUACACCAACCUACCAAUCCCAAUAAAACGCCACGGUAAAACAGAGAACAAUAGCAUUAUACAUACUGAUUCCCCGGUUUAGCAAAGGUCCCUUGGCAAAGCCAUACUUAGUGUGUAUGUGCGCGCACCGGAGCGGAACUGUGGGGAACCGAAUGAACUGAGGAAAACGAAGGCUGGCGGAACCGGAAAAAACAUCAAAAGAAAAAGUAAAAAAUCAUGAAAGAUGAACGCUACUUGCAACAGAAUGCAGAAUGGUGCAGAUAAAUAAUAUUAUUGGCAAAACACCCGCGUAUAUGAAACAUUUAUAUAUAUUUUUGAGAAAAUAUUCAUAUACUUAUACAUAAGAGUGUAUCAAUCAAAUCAAAAACGCGGAGACGGAACCGCUAACAUGCAAAUGCAAGCAAAUCUACGCAGAAGAGGGAAAUGCCCGCAUCCAGGCCAUCCCUUUGGUAUCUAGCUGCACUUCUUCAUCCAUUUUUCAAUAGAGACACAGUGAAAAUUGCUGUUCCGUAGUGUAGCAGCAGUAGCAGCCACUUCAAAUAACCCGGGAAAAUAUCCUAUUCUUGCCCUCGGUCAGCCAGGCUAUACGCCUCGGCGAU